ACACACACACACACACACACACACACAGUGGAUGCAGUAUAAAAGUAGCUGCAGAGUGUUUCUGUGUUUCUGCUGGACGACGACUCGACACACUGACCAGGAAGUCUGAACUCACCUGCCGAACAUCACUGACCUCUGACCCCUGAAGGAGCCAUGAGCCACCAUCAGAGCUCUCCGGGUCCCGGUGACGCCUUCAGUCUGUCUGCAUCUGUGUCGGCUCCUCCUCCACUGUGCCACAGUGAUGAAGAAGAAGAGGAGGACCUGAACAAGGCUUUUGAUGUUCAGGGUUUUCAGCAGAUCCUUUGUCCUCAGACUCGGAGCCCACCGGAGAAACACAGAGUCUACGAUGAGCAAGACUAUGAAGAUCAUCGUCACUUUUCUCUCCACGUCCAUCAUCCUCUAUCCAAACCAGCAGCCGACAGCAAGAGGAAGAGGAUCAAUGAGGGGAAGAAGGAGGGGAGGCGAGGCUCCGCCCCGAACACAGCAGCUACCAUAGAAGAAGAUCAUGAAGAAGACGAGGGUGAGGAAGAGUCCCACAGCCAUAAUGAUGAAGAGGAGGGACGAACCACCAUGCCCACCAGUGACCCACCCAACAUCCCAACCAAUCACAACGGCCUCUCACCUGGCGGCGUCAAGAGAAGCGAUGACGACGCUGAUGAAGCUGAGGUGUUGAUGUCUGUUGACCUCGACGGCAUCAAGAGUCACCGAUUGGAUGAUGUUCCAGCAGUUCGCCGUCACCUGGUGAGGCGGAGCUCCAGAGGGCCGGUCGUCCACGUCCCCAAAGACCAGAUCAGCAGCCGGACGCUGUCACACCUCCAGCACCUGCGACCAGACCGCACACCUCAUGAGGUGUUUGUGGAGCUGAACGAGCUGGUGAUCGACAGGAACCAGGAGCUGCAGUGGAGGGAGACGGCUCGAUGGAUCAAGUUUGAGGAGGAGGUGGAGGAGGAGACAGAGCGCUGGGGGAGACCCCACGUCCCCUCGCUGUCCUUCCGCUCCCUGCUGGAGCUACGAAAAACCAUCUCCCACGGGGCGGUGCUUCUGGAUCUGAAGCAGAGGACUCUGCCAGGGAUCGCCCAGCAGGUGGUGGAGCAGAUGGUGAUCUCAGAUCAGAUCAAAGCUGAAGACAGAGCCAACGUCCUCCGAGCUCUGCUGCUCAGACACAGUCACCCCAGCGAUGAGAAAGAUCACAGCUCUUUCAGCAAGACCAUCUCUGCAGCCAACAUGGCCACCCUAAUGGAAAGACACUAUGGCCAAUCAGAGCCCUCCGUCAAUGCGACGAAUCACAGAGAGGCUGAAGGAGAGAAGAACAAGAAAGAAGCUCCACCCCUUGGUCUCUCCAGAUCCAAACAUGAGGUGAAGCUGAUGGAGAAGAUCCCAGAGCGAGCCGAGGCCACUGUGGUCCUUGUGGGCAGCGUGGGCUUCUUGGAGCAGCCUUCUAUGGCAUUUGUGCGGCUUCAGGAGGCGGUCCUGCUGGAGUCUGUCCUAGAGGUUCCUGUCCCUGUGAGGUUCCUCUUCCUCCUGCUGGGCCCACCCACAGCCAACAUGGACUACCACCAGAUUGGACGCUCGAUCUCUACGCUUAUGUCAGACAAGAACUUUCAUGAGGCAGCAUACCAGGCUGAUGACCGCCAGGACCUGCUGGCAGCCAUCAAUCGUUUCUUAGACUGUAGCGUCGUCCUCCCUCCCUCAGAGGUUGGCGAUGAUGAGUUGCUCCACUCAGUUGCUCGCUUUCAACGAGAUAUGCUUCGAAAGAGGGAGGAGGAGCAGAGCAGCAAACUGCAGGAGAAACAGACCAGUAUUCAGCAGGAUGAAGAUUCCCUCGUUCCCUCCAAACCCAGUGAGGACUCCUUGAGGCGUUCAGGCCGUCUGUUCGGCGGUCUGAUCAAAGAUGUGACUCGACGCUACCCUCAGUACCUCAGUGACCUUCGAGACGCUCUGAACCCUCAGUGCAUGGCUGCCAUCAUCUUCAUCUACUUUGCUGCGCUGUCCCCCGCCAUCACCUUUGGUGGACUCCUGGGUGAGAAAACAGAGGGUUUGAUUGGUGUGUCGGAGCUGAUAGUCGCCACGGCGCUGCAGGGCAUCGUGUUCAGUGUGCUGAGCGCUCAGCCUCUGCUGGUGAUUGGCUUCUCUGGACCACUGCUGGUGUUUGAAGAGGCUUUCUACACUUUCUGCAGAGUCAACGGGAUCGAGUAUCUGACGGGCCGGGUGUGGAUUGGUUUCUGGCUGGUGCUGAUCGUUGUCCUCACUGUGGCCUUCGAGGGAAGCAUCCUGGUUCGUUUCGUGUCCCGUUUCACUCAGGAGAUCUUCUCCUUCCUCAUCUCCCUCAUCUUCAUCUACGAGACCUUCGCCAAACUGAUCAAGAUCUUUCAGGAGCAUCCCCUCCAAAACUGUUACCGUGGAAACAACACCGUAUCUCCAUCUACGUGUAACUACACCGUAACCACUGCGAAUCCUGGCAAGGUUGUUGGAGAACCCAACACGGCCCUGCUUUCAUUUGUGCUGAUGGCAGGAACGUAUUUCAUCGCCUUUUACCUGCGCAAGUUCAAGAACAGCUCCUUCUUCCCCGGCAGGCUCCGUCGGAUCAUUGGAGACUUCGGGGUCCCCAUUGCGAUUCUCAUCAUGGUGCUGGUGGACUACAGUGUGGAGGAUACCUACACCCAGAAACUGAGCGUGCCCAGUGGAUUCUCAGUGUCCACUCCAGAGAAGCGUGGUUGGCUGAUUUCUCCUCUGGGGUCAGAUGGACAGUUUCCUGUUUGGAUGAUGGCUGCCAGCAUCCUGCCGGCCAUCCUCGUCUUCAUCCUCAUCUUCAUGGAGUCCCAGAUCACAGCGCUGAUUGUCAGUAAGAAGGAGAGGAUGCUGGUGAAGGGAACUGGUUUUCACCUGGACCUACUCAUCAUCGUGGUUGUGGGUGGAGUCUCAGCACUGUUUGGUCUGCCCUGGUUAUCAGCCGCCACGGUUCGCUCUGUCACCCACACCAACGCCCUCACUGUCAUGAGCAAAGCCGUCGCCCCUGGAGACAAGCCCCGCAUCCAGGAGGUGAAGGAGCAGCGGGUCACAGGCUUCCUGGUGGCUGUUUUAGUCGGUCUGUCAAUUGUGAUCGGGGAAGUUCUGCGUCAGAUUCCUCUGGCGGUGCUGUUUGGGAUCUUCCUCUACAUGGGUGUGAUGUCACUGAAUGGGAUCCAGCUGACAGAGCGACUCAUCCUGCUGCUGAUGCCCCCAAAGUACCACCCUGACCAGAGCUACGUCCGGAAGGUGCGGACAUUAAGGAUGCACCUGUACACUCUCGUCCAGCUGACCUGUUUGUCUGUCCUGUGGGUCGUCAUGGCGACGGCAGCAGCGCUGGCGUUCCCCUUCAUGCUGCUGCUGACCAUCCCAGUGAGGAUGCUGCUGCUGCCCCGCCUCUUCAGCCGGAGAGAGCUGCAGAGUCUGGAUGCUGAUGAUGCAGAGCCUCACCUGGAGGAGAAGGAGGGGCAGGACGAGUACUCACAGCUGCAGAUGCCCGUGUGACCCGGCAGCAGCCUCCUGAUUGGCUGAUCCACCUGCUUCAUUAACAUAUGUGACAUGUAGUCUGUAGCAGCACGGGUGGUGGACGAACACGCUUCUGAAAUCAUGUUUUUAUAAAUCUGAUUUUGUAUUUUCUGUUUUGGGGAGCAGGUUUGUCUCUUGUAUCCAUCUGUAGCACACAUUAUUUUUAAAGACCACACUAACUGUCCUCUGUGUUCCUGUGUGUCUGCAUCUCAUUAAA